CUUUAGCCACUAUGCCACGCCGCCGGUUUUUUUUUUUUUUUCUUCUUCUUCUUAAUAUCACUUCUGUGAAACUCCACGAAUCCUCAUCAUUUUUCCUUCAGGGUCUUGGAGUCUGUCCACUGGGGCAGGCAGGGUUAAACGAUCAAGUAGUUUAUUGAAUUCCUAUUAUGUGUCUCACUGGCCCUGGGCGCCUGGCGCUUGGGGAGCUGUUGGGGAACACUGCCCGAGCACAGGUGCCCAGUCCCAUGCGGGGUGUGACCCUCUUGUCAGGGGCCCAGAGGACCCACCAUGGCCAACCCCUCAUGCAUCCCAGCGCCCAGCUUUCCUCCUGCCCUGUGGCCACGGCGAGUUUCCCUCACCGGCUCGUGCGUGGGGAGCCAGAGCGCCGAGCCGGGACCAGGUGCCCCCUCGCUGCGCCACGCUUUUCCUCCGGCGUAGAAUACGGGCACCUCAGAGGCCUCCAGCUUGCAGGGGGCUGGCUGGCGAGGGAGGGCAAAGCCGCAGGCGGAGCAAGGACCUGGGUACACCGGGCUCCCAGGAAGCCGGCCCGCGACCACGUGGGGACGGCGGCGCGGGCGGAACUCAGGCUCCGCAGCUCGCCGCUCGCCCGGACCUUUGCCAUGGGGGCGCCGGAAGUGGGGGCGCCGGCAGCUGCGGACGGCGAUUCCUGCCUGCCUGGGGCCUGGGCUAGCUCUGGCAUUCCGGUCACUCGAGUUCCUUGGCAUUCAAUGCCAGGAGCAUGCACAGCUCAGCCCCCUUGCCAGUGCCGGUGCCCGUCCUGCGCCUGCCCCGAGGGCCUGACGGCUUCAGCCGUGGCUUCGCCCCCGGUGGCCGGGGGGCUCCCCUGAAGCCAGGCGGGACCACCUCCUCCUCCUCCUCCCUGGCCCAGGAGUCUCUGGAAUCCCAGGAACAGCGGGCCCGAGCCGCCUUGCGGGAGCGCUACCUCCGCAGCCUGCUGGCCAUGGCGGGUCGCCGGGUGAGCUUCACGCUGCACGAGGGCGUGCGCGUGGCCGCCCACUUCGGAGCCAGCGACCUGGACGUGGCCAACUUCUACGUGUCGCAGCUGCAGACGCCCAUCGGGGUGCAGGCGGACGCGCUGCUGCGCUGCAGCGACAUCAUCGCCUACUCCUUCAAGUGCUGAGGACUUCGCGUGGAGCGGUGUGGGGCGCCUGGAGAUUCUGGAUUCUGAAUCCAGGGUUGGGGCAGUGACACCCUGUAGACCCCGCUGAAAGCAGCGACCUCCGUCACAGAACUCCGGACUGGACAGCGGCAGGCAGCUGGACACCGCCGCCUGGACGGGCACGGGCUGGGCGCACUGCGGGGGCCCGGCCCUCCCCACCUGGGCAAGGGAGUGGGAUUCCGUGGGUGGUUGUGAUGGGGUUCCUGUCCAGGGGAGCUGAAUAAAGGCGUGGAAUUG